AUAGCCCAGUCGAGGGUGGGAUAGGCGCCGAGAUUUUGGAAUAAAGUGGUCAACUGGACCGGUUCUUUGCCAGUUUAGUCUGUAAUAACUUGUCUGAAGAAGGCAAAGCCACGCGCGCGCAACCAUUGCUUGGAGGGUACCCAGCGGGAGCUGAAAGUGCUGGAGCAUUGCUCUGACAUGCAGCUCUUCGCUUUCACAGAGCUGAAACUGAGACAAAAAUAUCCUCUUCUGUUUCAAUACCUUGGCAUUGAUUUCCAAGACUUGAUACAGGAGCCAGGAUGAAGAGGAUGAGCAUGCUGCUGUGCUUGGGGGUUCUGUUCUCCCUCUCCCAUGCUCAGCUGUCUGAGCCAGAAGAGGAUGGCGCAGAAGAGCCAGUGGAGCUGUUUACCACACCCAAAACCAAGAUGGCUGCCGCCACCUCUGACUUUGGCUACAACCUGUUCCGGCAACUGGCCUCACGCGACCCGCCAGCCAGCUUCCUCCUUUCCCCCAUCACCAUCUCCGCUGCUCUCACACAACUCUCCAUGGGAGCCUCCCCCGAGGCGGAGAAGCAGCUUUACCGCGUGCUGCGCUACCACAGCCUGCAGGACAGCCAGCUGCACGACACGCUGAGAGACCUCCUGUCCUCCAUCCGCGCCCCGGGGAAGGGCCUGAGCGCCGCCUCCCGCGUCUACCUGGAGAGGAAGAUGCGUCUCAAGCUGGAGUACUUGAACGCGGUGGAGAAGCAGUAUGGGGUGAGGCCCAAGGCGCUGAUGGGCGGAGCCCGCGACCAGAAGGAGAUCAACGAUUGGGUCAAGCAGCAGACAGGCACCAAGGUGGACCACUUCCUGAUGUCAUCCCUCCCCCGGAAUCCGGGCGUGGUACCUGUGGGAGCCGCUUACUUCAAAGGUCAAUGGGUGACCCGGUUUAGCAACUCUGGAAAGAUGGAGAACUUCCAGGUGGACGGAGCACCAGCAACUCAAGUUCCCACGAUGCAACAGGACAGGUACCCAGUCAGGCUGGGCUUUGACACAGACCUUGGAUGCACAGUUGCCCAAGUGGCCAUGCAGGGGGGCCUAAGCAUGGUCUUCUUCCUGCCUGAUGACGUCACAAAGAACAUGAGCCUGAUAGAGGAGAGCCUGACGGCCGAGUUUGUGCAGGACCUUUACAACACGCUCCACUCCGUUCAGGUCGACCUCACUCUCCCCGUUUUCAAGCUCGAGUAUUCCUCCGACGUGCUCCCUCUCCUGUCCGACAUGGGUCUAUCAGAGUGGCUGGCCCAGACGGACCUGGAGAAGAUCACUACCCAGGCGGCCAAGGUCAGCAGCGUGCACCAGAAAGCCGUCAUGGAGACCGGCCCCGAGGGCAGCCUGUCCGCCGGCUCCGCCCCCGCCUCCGACGGCCAAUUGCUGCCCCUGAGCUUCAACGUGAACCGCCCUUUCAUCUUCCUGGUGCGGGACGACCCCUCGGGGGCGCUCCUGCUCAUCGGGAAGGUGCUGAACCCGCGGGACCUGGCCUGAGCGUGCCGGUUCACGCCAGCGGUGGGCGCACCCGCUCCGGGGCAGGGGACACGCUUUGCACGCUACACGCAGGACACGGGACUGUGCACACACACGCGCGCGUGUGGAAAAACAGCGCGGGGACUCUCACACUUACCAUGUACGAUCAGCCCAACGACUGGACGGAUGAGAUCCAUUUUACCUACGCAUUGUCACAUAUUGUCAGUGUCAUCAGAAAACCUCCUAUCUCCAAAAAGAAUUGGAAUUCUCAGGAAAAGCAAUGGCUUCUUUCGUUCCAUUUAUGAUUUACUUGUUUUGAACAACAAUUUGGCUGAGUUAAGAAACAUUGGCAAUACAUGGAGCUGGAUGACAAUUCUCUCAUUUUGGCAAAAUGACAAAAAAAGGACUUUACUGUUUUUUAUGACACUGACAAUAUGCAACAUGUUAACCUGCUCUCUUUGACCCGCCACAGCCAUGCUACCUUCACAACUGGCCCAAACUGAGCUCCCGUGUGAGUUCUGUACAACUCAAAUCAAAUGUUAUAAAGCCAGCCCCAUGAGUGACAACCAGCAUACUCCCUCAGUUUAAAUGCAGAGAUGUUCUAUACGGAUGAAGAUGUGUGGCACAUGAGUAGCGCGACACAUCAUGCAUGGACACUUGUAAAUCCAGACAGAAAUGUCACUGAGUGCAUUCAACCACAGCUGUUGGCGUAUUUUAACAUUUAAAUUUUUUUUAGCAUAUUCUCACAUAUGCAUAUUACCUUACUGACAAUCACAGAAUUGUGAAAAGCUAGAUCCGAAAUAUAAAGUACUCAUUUUCUUCGGCUUGCUUUUGUCUUUCAUUUCAUGAAUUCUUUUGGCUUCUUUAAAUUGUCUUUUUGAACAAUACUGCUCCUUCCCGACAUGAAAUCAUAUUUGCAUUUGAAUAUCACGUUGACAAAUAGCUUCGCGAAGGAAGAAGGAGAAGCAUGAAAAUAAAUACAUUAUAAAAUAAACAUCCUGUCAUUCCACGCCUUGUGAUGUGCAAAUAAACUCUGCAUGAGUGGGAAGAAAAGAGGACGUUUAAAGUGUCUGGCGAGAGCCUGUAGCCAGUGAAAAAUGAGCUGUGGCGGGUAUGUCACCUCACUGCUAGUGCUAGUUUUCACUUCCUGCUGCACAAAGCUAGCACUGGCUGGUAGAGAGAACAAGCUGGCCUUUCUACCAGACAAAGCUUUCCAGGGUACCUGCACGUGGUGGUUCGUGGCUUGGGCCAAAACAGAAGGUGCUGGAAACUUGUUGAUUGGCUGCUUGUUAACAGCAAAGUGUCCAUUGUGCCCGUUAGGUUAAGGUUCUAAGUGAAAACCUAGCAAACAAUAUUUGGUUCCCAGAACAUUCUUGGAAAGUUAGGUUAAGCACAAAUUUGUCUGGUCUCCUUCAUUUUCUUUGACCGUUAUUUUUAAAUCACAAGGAGUUAUUCAGUUAUGUUAUUCAGAUUCGAUAUUCCAGGUUAAACAAAAAGUAUUUAGGAUGCUAGCAAUGUUGAACAGAUCCAGCUUUUCAUUACUUACAAUUAAAAUAUCCUUGAAGUGUUAUAGACAAACAUCCCCCGUGGCUAAAUGCUAACCCUUCGAAAUGUUAUCAGUACAUUUGUAUGCGAAAUGCUUGGAAAACUUUUCUGUGACUUUCUGGCAAAACUUAAAUAAAUAUGUUCUAAGACUC